AUGUCGUCCGACGAAAAAGUCAAGCAGUCACAGAAAGAUGAGGCUGCGUUGGAUAAUUCCGACAUUGUCUACCCCUCAGGACUCAAGCUCGCAUUGCUGAUGAUUUCCAUUUUCAUUGGUAUGUUCUUAGUAGCCUUGGAUAAACUUAUCAUCACGACUGCUAUUCCCCGAAUCACGGACGACUUCCAUUCAUCGAACGAUAUCGGGUGGUACGGAACAGCAUACCUCUUGACCAACUGCGCUUUCUUGUUGGUGUUUGGAAAGCUCUAUACCUUUCUCAACGUCAAGGUCACAUUUUUGGCUGCAGUCUUGCUCUUCGAGAUCGGUUCAGCCAUUUGUGGAGCGGCACCAAAUUCGAUCGCUUUCAUUCUUGGACGAAGUAUUGCUGGCUUGGGAGCUGGAGGCGUCCAAAGCGGCAUUAUUGUCAUCAUUGUGUACGCUGUUCCAUUGCAAAGUCGACCAAAGUACCAGGGUUUCUUUGGUGCCAUCUUCGGUAUCGCUUCUGUCCUUGGCCCGUUGGUGGGCGGAGCUUUCACUACGAAUGUAACUUGGAGAUGGUGUUUUUAUAUCAAUCUUCCACUAGGAGGCCUAGUCAUGGUUUUCGUCUUCUUUUUGCUUCAUGUCCCAACCCGCACCAACAACACGGAUACUCUUAUACACAAGCUGCAAGAGCUGAACAUCAUCGGUCUUUUUGCUCUCCUUCCCGGAGUGAUUUGCUUGUGCCUGGCUUUGGAGUGGGGUGGCUUCACUUAUGCUUGGAGCGACGGGCGUAUCAUCGGAUUGCUUGUUGUAGCUUUUGUUCUUAUGAUCGCUUUUGUCUUGAUUCAAGUUUGGAGACCAGAGCAAGCCACCGUGCCACCUCUUAUUUUCAAACAAAGAAGCAUACUCAGCGGCUUUUGGGUCAGCUGUUGUGUUGGUGCUCAUCAAACCCUGUUCAUCUAUUACCUUCCGUUAUGGUUCCAGGCAAUCGAGGGCAAUUCGGCCGUACAAAGUGGAAUUCACUUGUUACCAAUGGUUCUUUCCAUCGUUGUUGGCUCCAUUCUCACGGGGUUCCUGACGUCUCGUGUGGGCUAUUACACCCCAUUCUUACUCUUCGGUAUUUGCGUGACAGCGAUUGGUGCUGGUUUACUCAAUACUUUGGAUAUCCACUCGUCUGAAGGCCAGUGGAUUGGUUACCAGAUCUUAUACGGUUUUGGUCUCGGUUCUUCCUUCCAGGCACCCAACAUGGCAGCUCAGACUGUUCUCAAACGAAAUGAGGUGUCAAUUGGUGCGUCAUUGAUGCUCUUCGCACAAACGCUCUGCGGUGCCAUCUUCGUCUCGGUCGGCCAGAACGUCUUGGACAACCAACUCUCCAAACGACUCGCUGGUAUUUCAAGUAUGACUGCUCAGCAGAUUGAAUCCGCCGGCGUCACCGGGCUCCUAGAGAACAUAUCACCAGAGAACUUUACCUCUGCUCUGGAAGCCUAUAACGACUCGCUUCGUAAAUGUUUCCAAAUCGCCCUCGUCUUAGCUUGUCUCUCAAUACUCGGGGGACUGAGCAUGGAAUGGCGUAGUGUUAAGCAGAAUGGUCCUCGUAUUGGAGAUAAAGGGGAAGGAGAAUGA